AUGUAUUGGUUCCUCUGUUUUGUGAUUUUUACAAGAUAUGGAAAAGUUGACGCCAAUUUUGGAUUCUGGCAGAUAUACGGGACAACCGCUACUCCUCAAACACCUCGAACAAAGCCGCCGAUAACUCUUCCACUUACAUCAAUGCCCCCUCAACAAACUCAGUUACCUGUCACUCGUGAUUUACCAUAUUCGGUUGAUAACCCAGUAGGAACACAUGACGAAUCAGACAAAUGUAUUUGCAUCUGUGAACCUACGGCCAGCACAUCACGAAAUACGCCAGCGUCGUCUUCCACUGCGACAAAUGCUGCUUCGCCGAGUUCAGCUGCAACUCCUCCCAUAGACACCACGAAUGGGCCACCUACAACCAUCGGAGUCCCUACAGGAGAAACUCUGUCUUCUGGAUCACCGGCAUCGAUCACAAUUCCUCCAGGAACUAUUGUUGUAGAUGGUUCGCUCACGGGUACACCAACGGUAACUACAAUCCCCCCAGAAGGUCCUUCAACGGUUGGUCCAACGGCUACAACUACAAUUCCUACAGAAGGUGCGUCUACCAACCCUCCAGGAGGUAACUGUUCAAAUUUAAUCUCACCACUACAAUAG